AUGGCCGCCAACGGCGAUACACAACCUACGGUCUCUUCGAAUGGCGUCUCCGCCGCCAGCCCAUCCCAGCGGGAAACCGCGUGGACGCCACCUGCAGCAUACGAGCCGCCAAAGCCAUCGAAGAUGGCCGAGGAACGGCUCAUAGCUUCUGUUGCACGAUUCAAGAGGGACCUGGAGCUCCGUGAGCAAGCCGCUGCAGAAGCAAAGGCGGCGGCUGCUCGAGCACAACAAGAAGCCGCAUCGACCACAAGUCAACAGCCUGGACGGACAGGCCAGGACGAGGAAGCAAAGAAUUCAUGA